UAGGUAAAAAAGUAAAAAAUUAUUAUAUAAAAAAAGUGCUCAAAUUUUAGGGGAUAAUUGGAAAAAGAAUAAUGUUCAAAUUUCGUACGAGCAUUUUGAAUUAUUCGGAAGAGUAAUGGAGUAUAUAUAUUAUUUAGAUAUAGAGGUGAUUCAUACACGCCGCGCGGCACUAGCAGAGUGUAGUUCUGACAAGUGUAGAUAUAAAAAGUGAUUCACGGCCUAUAAAUUGAUCACACUACUCUCAUGGUACCAGUACCACCACCACCACCACCACCACCAUUUUAGAAAAAUAAAAAUGAGACAGCUUCACGUCUUCUUCCUCCCAUUAAUGGCCCACGGCCAUAUGAUUCCCGCCAUGGACAUGGCGAAGCUCUUCAGCUCCCGUGGCCUCAAAGCCACCAUCAUCUCCACCCCGGCCUUUUCCGAGCCGGUCAAGAAGGCCCAACAUUCCGGCUUCAAAAUCGAGCUCAUCACAAUCGGAUUCCCUCACCGAGAUUCCGGCCUCCCCGACCACAUCGUGAGCCUCGAUCAAGUCACCUCCGACCCCAAGCUCCUCCCCAUGUUCUUCAAGGCCCUCUCUCUCAUCCAACAACCCGUCGAGGACCUCAUCCAACGACUUAACCCCGACUGCCUCGUCUCCGACAUGUUCCUCCCGUGGACGGCCGACUCCGCCGCCACAUUCGGCAUCCCGCGCCUCGUCUUCCACGGCACCAGCUACUUCUCCCUCUGCGUCUCCGAGGAGAUGCGCCGCCACAAGCCCUUCAACGACGUCGUUUCCGAUUCCGAGCCCUUUCUCAUCCCCAAUCUCCCUCAUCAAGUCAAGCUCCUCAAAACGCAGGUCUCCGAUUACAAUUUGCACGAGAACAAGGACGAUUUCAGCCGCUGGAUUCAGCAGAUGAGGGAGUCCGACGCCAGAAGCUACGGCGUCGUCAUCAACAGCUUCCACGACCUCGAGCCCGACUACGCCCGCCAUUACACACAUGUUUUGGAGAGGAAGGCGUGGAGCUUAGGCCCCCUCUCUCUCUGCACCAACGAAAUCGACGGAGCCAAACACCAGUGCUUGGCGUGGCUGGAUUCGAAGAAGAAGCCCAAUUCCGUCGUCUACGUGUGUUUCGGCAGCAUGGCCAAGUUCACUCCGGCUCAGUUGAACGAGCUCGCAAACGGGCUCGACGCCUCCGGGCAGGACUUCAUUUGGAUCGUGAGGAGCGGCGGAGACGAGGAGUGGCUGCCGGAGAGGUUUGAGGAGAGGAUGGAAGGGAGAGGCCUUGUUGUGAGGGGGUGGGCCCCGCAGCGUGCCAUCCUCGAUCAUCCCGCCGUCGGGGCGUUCGUCACGCACUGUGGGUGGAACUCGACUCUGGAGGGCGUGUGCGCGGGCCUGCCCAUGGUCACGUGGCCGCUCUUCGCGGAGCAGUUUUUCAACGAGAAGUUGGUGACCGAGGUUUUGAGGAUUGGGGUUCCGGUUGGGAAUAAGAAGUGGCAGCGGGGGGCCAACGAGGGGGUGAGUAGGGAGGCUGUGGCCAGGGCGGUGAGGGGCGUUAUGGUGGGGGGAGGGGCGGCGGAGAUGAGGAGGAGGGCGGCGGAUUCUAAGGAGAAGGCGAGGAAGGCUGUUGCGGAAGGGGGAUCGUCUUACGAGGAUCUCACUGCUCUCAUUCAAGAUAUCGCCACGUAUGUUCCUCCCAAGAAGAUGGUGUGUUCAUUUAAAUCAGAUUAGCGAGCAAGAUGGUGUUUAAUGUUAUUGCCAUGUUUGUGUGUAGACUCAAGUAUAUAUGAAAUGAGAGUUUGUAUAUUACUUUAGAUUGUGUAAAGUAAGGAUAAAAAUGUAGCUCUCAAUUUCAGUGGAUUUUCUCUUUUCUGCCUGCUUCACAAUUUUAAA